GCAACCUCCCCUUGUCUCUUUGCACGAUGCCGCCGCCACCCACGCCCUAGCCUGACCCAUCUUCCUCCACCACGGCGCCACCUCGCACCUAUACUCCUCCACCACGGCGCCACCUCGCACCUAUAGUCCUAUACCCGCCGCCAGGGGCUGCGCUCAGAUGCCCAGAUGGCGACCGCGACGACGGCCUACGCCCUCGCAAGAUGAACCCCGACGCGCCUCUUCUCCUCCAACUCCGUCACACCUUCGUCCAUCUCCUCCGCCAUGACGUCUCAGGGAUGGCAACCCCGUGGCCAGUUCCCCUCGCCGACUACCACAUCGCCCCCUUUCACCCGUGGCAGAGACAAUGACGCCGAUGUCAGGAUCAGCAUCUAUGCUUGCGACCGCGUCCGUCAUGACCCGCAAUGCUCACCUGGGACACUUGAGCCGGCGGUCGCAAGGAAAAAAAGCAUCGGCGCCCUUGUCUGCCCCAGGUGCGAGCUUGUUCGUCGCCAUGAGCAGCUGCGAGUCUGCGACCUCGUCGGCUACCGCCAGCACCCAGGUCAUUGUGAUUUGACAAGGAGCAGACAGAUUUUUCUUUACAACCUGCCUUCUUCUGCAUGGAAUUUGUGUUCACUUUAUGGCUGGUCGUUGGGGUGCUGGAUGAUGCGCAGGCGCAGGUGAACGAUGCCUUCUAUGAUCCAACAAUAUAUCAAAGAUUUUUGCAAGAUAGUUAGUGAAGAUCCUUUUCUGAAUCACUUAUACAUGAGCAGCCUACAUAUCCAAUAUUAUGCAGUUUUGAUUUUUGUGUGCUAACAAAUUAGAAUGAAAACUCCUCCAUUGCAAGCGUACAUUGGUCAAAUCAGACCAAUUUUUCUUUACAACCUGCCUUCUUCUGCAAGGAAUUUGUGUUCAAUUUAUCGCUGGUCGUUGGGGUGCUGGAUGAUGCGCAGGCGCAGAUGAACGAUGCCUUCUAUGAUCCAACAAUAUAUUGAAGAAUUUGCAAGAUAGUUAGUGGAGAUCCUUUUCUGAAUCAGUUAUACAUGAGCAGCCUACAUAUCCAAUAUUGUGCAGUUUUGAUUUUUGUGUGCUAACAAAUUAGAAUGAAAAUUUCUACAUUGCAAGCGUACAUUGGUCGAAUAUUAAUUUCAACCAAUAAUUUGUAGCAUAUAUUAUUGAAAAUACAACGCCAAACAUAUUAUGAAGGUUACGCGUGGUUUGGUGACGCAUGUAUCAUUAGUACUGAAUUGUCAAUGAGAGCUACCUCUGUACUGUAGUAUUUUUAACCAAGAUAUCUUUUUUGUUCCAUUACCAACUAAACAUGGGUUCGUAUGUUACUAGGAAACAAAGAUGCAGCUGAAAAAAAACAGGAAACAAAUAUGGGCUGAUGAGAUAUCGUGACACAUAUAUUGCUUCUGUAUUAUCUCCAAAUAGUUUUAUGAUUUUAAUGUAUGGCUAUUUCUACCAGUGCCCU